UUCACGAGUGAGGGGAAAGAGGAGAGACCGCGGCUACCGCGGCGUCGACUCAACAGUAGCUGCUCAGUUAACAUCUGGACGCCGCGGGAGGAGGACGCUAGCCGCCGCGCUCCACAGGCACCAUGGACGACUCCAAAAAGAAGUGCUCAGAGGAGGCCCCGCGGCGCGCCCUCAAACCAGUCCCGCAGAUAACACUCUCAGAGGCGCCGGACAUUGACCAGAAUAGCGACGAAUGCAUAGUGGUGCCGCCGUCGCCUCCAUCAGAUAUCGCGGAGGAAAAGACCCCAGAAGGAAGCGAAGAUAAGGGCGAUAAGGGGAUCCCCGAUGACAGAGAUAAAGAAAACACUGCCCCUGACAAGCCCAAGGCAGAAAGCACGCCAAAAGUCACUGGUACUGAUAACAAUAAGAGCAAAACUGAUACCACCCCUAAUGUUACUGAUAAAAGUGCAAAGGAUGCUAAGGACUCCGCUGCGGUGAAGUCCUCUGAUAAGCCCAAGGAUAAGACGGAAAAGCCAGACAAGGUGGACAGUACUGCUGAUAAGCCAGAUAACAAUGUCAAAGCCAAGCCUGAUAGUUCUCCUAAGCCACCUGGAAAAGAUAGUUCUGCUGAUAAGCUUCCCGAUAAGACAGAUAGUAAAGCCAAUGACAAAGCAGUUAAGCCAGACUCCACCACCACCAACACCCCCACCACCACCACCACCACCACCACCACUAAGCCAGCUGACACCACUGAUAAACCAGACAAGCCAGCAGAUAAGAAGACAGACACCACCACCACCACUACUAUACCAACACAAGCAGACACUACACCCAAAACCACCACCACCACCACCACCACCACCAACACCACGAAACCAACGGAGAAAAACGCAGAACCUACUCAACCGACAGAAACGACACCAAAAUCCGCCACGAACGCAAGCCAACCCGACAAAAAGGAAUCGAAUGCUACAAAAACGGACACAAAGGAGGAUCAAGGGAAGGAAAAGGGAUCGGAGCCUACAAAACCUGUCCCUAAGCCUACUGACGAAGGGAAAGGGGCUGCUGACGGCAAGGCGCAAGAUGGAGGAGGAGGAGGAGGACACGCACAAGAGGAGUCGGUGCCUUUUAAUGGUGAAGAGGAGACCAUUCCCCUGAGGACCAAGGAAGCAGAGGAAAAAGAAGAAGAGAAGAAGAACAUUGUCCCAGCUCGCUUGAUCUUCGCCGUGCUGGGAUGCGUCGGGUUCAUGAUUGUGUACGGUCUCAAGGUGAACCUCAGUGUGGCUAUCAUUGCUAUGGUAAACCACACGGCAGUAGCUCAUGGAUCUCCUCACGACUCCCACGACUCCCACGAUGCAGACGACACCUAUGACAACAUGACUCUGGUGGUGGGCGAUGGACACAACAACGACUCCGCGGUGGUGGACGACUGCGGGAGGAAAAAGACCAAGGAGUCCCUGGAGGAUGGCCCCUUCGCCUGGGAUGAGAACGUGCAGGGCCUGAUCCUCGCCUCUUACUUCUACGGGUACCUCAUCACUCAGGUUCCCGGCGGCUGGGUGGCGGAAAAGUUUAGCGCCAAGCAUGUGUUUGGUGUUGGUGCGCUGGUGAAUGCUGUCUGCGCCAUCUUGUCCCCCAUUGCUGCUAAGGGCUCGUACAUCUGGCUGGUCGUCAUCAGGAUUAUCAUGGGCAUUGCUGGGGGCGUGACUCUGCCAGGCAUGCACGUCCUUGUUGCGAAGUGGGCGCCGCCGCAGGAGAGGAGUAAGAUCGCCUCAGGAGUGUACGCAGGAAUGACUUUAGGAACCCUCGUGUGCAUGCCCUUCUCCGGGUUCCUGGCGGCAUCUCUUGAUUGGUCAGCUGUGUUCUACGUGCAAGGUGGCCUUUCUCUCCUGUGGUACAUUUUGUGGCUUAUCUUCGUGUACGACUCCCCUGCCCAGCACCCGCGCAUCUCCAGGGCUGAGAAAAAGUACAUUGAAGAAUCUCUGGGCACCGUUGUGAAGACUGAGAAACCCGCUGUGCCGUGGAAGAGUGUGUGGACGUCCAUGCCUGUGUGGGCGAUCAUUGUGGCCCACACCUGCAGCAACUGGGGCUGGUACAUGCUCCUCGUGAAGCUCCCAACCUAUAUGCGUUACAUCCUUAAGUUUGACAUCAAGUCGAACGCCGCCCUCUCCGCCGUGCCCUUCCUGUGCAUGUGGAUCUUCACUAUGGUGCUUGCCAAUGCCCUAGACGCUCUCAGGGCACGUGGGUUCAUCACUACCACCUUCGCCAGGAAACUUGCUACCUUCUUUGCCUCCGUUCCUCCCUCCGUGUGCCUGAUUGGAGUCACCUACGUGGGCUGCAACACAGACUUAGCCGUGGCACUUCUGACCCUUGGCACCAUGUUCGUGGGCGGCAUGUACUCUGGGUUCCUGUCCAACCACAUUGAUAUUGCGCCCCCCUUCGCUGGCACUCUCAUGGGCAUCACCAACACCUUCGCUACCCUGCCUGGUAUCAUUGUUCCUUCCUUCGUGGGCUACAUGACACACGGCAAUCAAACCGUGGAGGCGUGGCGUACGAUCUUCUUCAUUACCCUGGGCAUCUUCCUUUUCGAAGCCAUCUUCUACAUCAUCUUCGGGUCUGGAGAGGCACAGGAGUGGGCUAAGCCGAAGCCACAGCCGCAGGAAGGCGAACAGCAGAAGCUAAAUGACAUCCCUUAGAUCCAAGCACUCAGGUACUCAUAGAAAACGAGGAGGAAGCAGGGGAGACUAUAAGAAAAGAUAAGAGAGCCGAGAAGAGAGGAGAGAUAAAAGAAAUGAGAUUAUUUUUAUUUUCUUCCUUAAAUGAGAGGAGAUGAGAGGAACGAAGAGAUAGAUGAGGUGAUGAGAGAGAGACAGAAGGAAGAGAAGGUGAAGAGAAGAUUUGUACUUUUGUUUUCUUUUUGAGAGAAGAGAAAAAUACAAUAGAAAACUGAAGGAUAGGACUAAAGAAGAGAAGGGAAGGACAAAAGAAGAUAAAGAAGACACAUAAGAAGAGAGGAGCACAGGAAGGAAGAGCCAGAAAAAGAAAAGAAGGGAUAAAAUAUGAGAAUAUAAGAAAAAUGAAAAAAAAUGAUAAUUAUAUAUUUCACGUGUACAUAUUAUGAAAAAAGAAAAAUACAAAAAAAGUUAAAAGAGAAAACAGUUGCAUAUAUCUUUCUUUUUUCAGUCUCUCUCUCUCUCUCUCUCUCUCUCUCUCUCUCUCUCUCUCUCUCUCUCUCUCUCUCUCUCUCUCUCUCUCUCUCUCUCGUCGCCAGAGCAACUCAAAUUAAGGAGAAAAUAAAGUAAAAAAAAAUGAAUGAACGAACAAAAGACACCCCUUGAGUUUAUUGAAAGAAAACGGGCUUCUGGGUUUUCUCUCCAGCUAUGACUAAUAAAUUAUAUAUAUUAGGAAAGUGAAAAGACACCUACGCUAUGUGUAUAAAAAGAAAAAGAAAAAAAAUAUAUGAAAGGAGGAAUCGAGUCAUUUAUAUUUACACACACACACACACACACACGCACGGGUUUUUAGUCGCAGUGUUAUAAUGUGGCACACUGAAAGCACACGUAAGAUAACAGACACACAUAAGUAGUUUUCUUGAGUCCGUGUUCUGUUGUGACGCAGGAAAGGACAAGACUGACGUUAAAUUAGCGUCACUGAUAUUCUUGAGUUUUUGUUUUUUUCAAGAUACUUUUACUAUUUUUCGAUUUUUUUCUCGUCUGGAAUUCGUAACGUGACGCAGAAAAACGGACAAGAGUGACGUGGAAUUAGUGCCGCUUUAAUAAUGUAGAGAUUUAUAUAUUUUCAAGAUUUUUAUGGCUAAUGUUCGACUACUUUUCCAUUUUUAUCUUUCAAGGUGACGUAAAAAUGGACGAAAAGUGACGUAGUAACAAUAGCGUCACUCUAAUAAUCUAUUUUUUGUGUAUGCUCGAUUUUUUUUUUUUGAGUCGAAUUCUGAACGUGACAAAAAAAAAGGGGAAAAAAAAAAGUGACGCAGAAUAAAAGUGUCACUCUAAAACAAAAGAUAAUACACAUUUUGAAGAUAUCUUUUCGUCCCUUUAUAUUGGACUCCUCCUGUGACGCGAGGCGGGACACGUGACGCCUGCAGGACAAUACGUUGCCUUCUCUGGGGCCACUCAACUCACCACAACACACAAGCAGACGCCACGCCCUCGCCCACGCCCGCAGCCGCCCGCCACACGCCACCGCAGCAGCUGGGCGGAGGCAGGGACUCAAAUUAUCACUCUAUAUAUAAGAGCAAAUUAUUUUUUAUAUUAGUUGCAGUAAAUAUAACAUAGAAAAGGAUGACUCGUACAAAGUAAGCAAAGGAUGGCCCAACAUAAACACGGCGGUGGUGGGAUUGGUUAGCAGAGGUUCGGAUCCUGUUAUCAGAUCCUGUUUUGAGAUCCUACACAGGAUUCUAGGAUCUUCACGGCCCGCCCCUGCUUGUCCUUACGCCCUCACGCCCGCAGCCCCGCCCAUCCCGCCCUCAGGGAAACACUUAAUCUUAGGGUACUGCGAAAGGAAGGCAAGGCAUUACACGAUAUCGUACUUGUCUGUAAAUUAUUGAACAUCUCCAGCUUGUCUUAUAUUGCUUGCUGGACGGCGUAACCACUUUGUUCCUCAGUCCGUAGGAUGAUGUAACAUCUACUUAACGAGCGCCGAGGUGUUUUGCAAGGCUGACAUCCUGCACAGCCUGUUCCUCUUGGUUAAGGGAACAACAAUAUCACGGAGCUGUUUUUAGUCGCCAGACAGAGAGAAAAUGGCGAACUGGCAAUAUUAACAACCAAAAAAACAACUCCAUUAUUCUAAGACCAAGUAAGUGUUCCUUAGGGCGCCCUCCCGGUGUGGCGAGCGAGGGGGAGGCGCGGGCUGCGAGGUGCCGCCCCCAGGUGCUCCGUACGUAGGCCAGCCAGGAGGCCCCGCGACAGACGGGCAGCGCCACCCCGCCUGGCUGAGGUCAUAAUAAUUCAUGUGUAUUCUGCUGCUCUCGGUGUGUCAGUGUUUGCGUGUCGUCAGCUCGCCGCCGCCGCCGCUGUGUCGGUAGUUCCCGCGAGGGCCGGGCGGGCGGGCGGUGGGUGGGUUAGUGGGCCGCCAGCAGGUGUCCAGUCCACCAGCCAGCCAGCCAGCCCUGCCCGGCCCACCAUCGUGACUGUAGUUGUUUCUUACUGUAAGUGUCGUAGCGUGUGACACCUGUACUAGUUAGCACACCUCUAUAUAUAUCAUGACCAUUGCCUGAAUCUAUAUUUUGUUGUAAGUUUUUAUGUGCCUGUGACUGAGGAGGCCCUGGUCGCUAACCCCGCCCCCUACCUCCCUGAGGAAGGCUGGGGGGCGGGGGGAGGCACGAGCCCUGCUAGAUAGGUAAGGGGGGAGGGAGGGGGGCGGUGCUAAGGCCUGCCGGGGUAGACGCAGAAGAGGAAGUCAGGGAAAGAUGUCAAAUACUGAGUAAUUACAAUUUUUAUUAAAAAUUGUGAUAUAGAGAAUGUAAUUAUUUUAAGGAAUUAAUAAAAAUUACCUAAUGUUGUUUCAAAA